AUGCACCUCCAACUACUCCCCUGGGCAGCUUUGGCUGCCUGUAUCUGUGAAAAGGCUACAGCAAAGGCCGUGUUUGCACAUUACAUGGUUGGCAAUGCCUACGAAGAACACAUCCACAGUGAUAUCGAUGAUGCAGCCGCGGUUGGCCUCGACGGCUUCGCACUCAACAUCGGCGACCCAAGGCAAGCCUUCGUCAAGCAAUCGCUCGAUUACAUGUUCGACUACGCCCUCGCCAAUCACCCGAACUUCAAGCUGUUCAUCAGUAUGGACCUUUGGGCCGCAGGCGAUACGGAACCCAAGCAAUCAGCGAAGGACUUCGUCAGCCUGAUCCAGCAAUACAUGACGCACGGCGCAUACCAACGUGGUCCCGCUCCGGAUGAGUUUCCAAUGGUGUCUACCUUCGCUGAUGGUGGUCUCACGAACGAUACUUGGAUUGAGUGGCGCGAAGAAGUAGGAGCUGUCUUCCUCAUUCCGGACUUUGACGGCACUGAGGGCUACUACCAAGCCGACCCCGGCUGGUGGGCGUAUUGGGGAGACAUUGUUGAUGGUUUGUUCAGCUGGGAGUCUGCAUGGCCAUUUCGCGCAGGGUACGGUGGCGAAUACCCAGGUGACAUUGGCCCGGACAAGAAAGUCAUUGAGGGCGCUGCAAACCACUCGAAGCCCUAUAUGAUUCCUCUGAGUCCCCAGCAAUACAAGAACGCGUAUCAUACCAACAUUUAUCGCGCCGGUGAUGUCAAUAUGCCUCUUCGGAUGACAAGCAUUCUCGACAUGGAUCCUUCUCCUGAAUACGUCCAGAUAGUUACCUGGCGAAGACCCGAAUCUCACUAUGUCGGCAACCUGUGGACCGAACAAAAUAACGACACAGAUCCCGGCCGGUAUGCAACCCAAGCGGACUUCAGCCACACUGGAUGGCAGCCUCUCAUCGGAUCCUUCAUCUCUGCUUUCAAGAACAGUCAGAAAGCCGUCGACAUGCGGCCCUAUGGCGCGGAGGAGUUUACAGGAGCCAUGUGGUACAAGACGAUCCUCAAGAACGCGAGCUGUCCGUGGGACGGUGCGAGUGAGUAUUUCGUCAAGCCAGACGGCUUCUCAUCGUCGUCAGACGCUCUCAACUUCGCCGUGGUCAUGCCUACAGCAGGAUACUACGUCGAGCUCUACAGCGGGGGCGAGAUGAUUAUCAGUGCCGAGCUUCACGAAGGCCUCAACUACGGGACACUCCCAGGGCUUAGGGUAGGGUGGCAGCGCAUGCACAUUGUCGACUCUGCAGGAAACAUCAAGCGGGUUGCCGCCGGAGGGCGUUGCGUCUCCGAUGGCUGUCCGGACUGCAUUUACAACAUGAAUGCGCAGGUCGUUCCGCUAUCCGACAACACGGAGGAUAGCGGGGAAUGUCCAGAGACCAAUUGCGGUAGGGUCGACGUCUACGUCCCUGGCUCUGUUUGGACGGGCACGCCCGAGAUACAGUGUCUCCCACCUUGCACUUUUGUCCUCCCGCCAUUCCAGUUGUCGACAGCAACAACCAUCAGCUGGCCCAUGCUGACGACGACUUUCUGGUGGCUUUCAAGCGGCACUACGACCACCAAAACCUCAUACAUCUCCGUCCCUCCAUUCACGACUACUGAGAUCCAACUGUGGCCUGUUACGGCUGAGACAACCGAUACCGAGACCGUCACAAUCAAGCCGAUCCAAAACGUCAUGCCGCCACAGCUGACGGUGACGUUGCCGUCAACCAUCGCUACCUUUGCACCCACAAGGGUAGGCGUUUCCUCGCAACCUUCGCCGACUUUCUACUCCUCGCCGCACCCAGAGGUCAUCCAACCGCAACCAACUGUGCAGAUUACUCCCGUUCCCUCGAUCCCAAGCAUCACUUAUACCAGUGCAACGCCGGUAUCGACCUGUACAGAACACUGCGGAGGCUAUGACUGCAGUCGUUUCGGAUGCUCUUCCGAUGAUGAGGACUCUGAUGACGUCACCGGCACGCCUGCUCCAGGCUCAGACUUUGUGACGGAAGAUUGGCCGGAUUACGGGUCAAUCAUCAGUGCCGACGGUCCUGCAACUGAGUGGGAGAGCUGGCUUAGUGCUCACUGGCCAACUGCAACGACUACAUCCAGCAAACCCACAACAGCAACCUCCACCACGGCGGUUCCCUCAGCAACGUCGAGUGGAUAUGUCCAAGUCGCGUUGUACCGCCACGCAUUUUCAGGCCAGAGCUACUAUCAGUGGCAUGUUUACAAAGGCAUUCGGAAGUCUUCAUCGGAUGGCCCGGACAUCUGUGAUGAUCCUGACAAGUCGGAUAGUGUGGCUGAUGGGGUGAUAACAUGGCCGGAUUCGGACUGGGAUCUGGGAUCUAUCGGCAACUACGAGAACUGCGAGUACAAUGGCGGCUCGGACGGUCCGGGAACCCUGGCUUGCGACAACCUGGAUACGAUACUGUGCGAGAGCGUCAUCCACAGCGAGGAGCAUUGCGGGACUGACCUGGCAUACUCCAUUUGGUAUUCUACUUUGUGGUUGCAAUGUUUGUGGGGAAACACGCUGGGUGAUGAUUAA